AAAUUUUUCCGCAAAAUCUUCAAAUCUUCCGGCUCUUGUGUAUUGUGAAAAUUUUUACAUUUACCCGUAGAUCAUUUUCCGGUUAGAGUCCCAAUUGUUUCGGAGGACUGUGUGGUAUCUUGUUUAUCGUAAAUUUGCUACUAGUUGAAUCUUCAAUCAUGCUGAUCAAAGUAAAGACUCUCACAGGAAAAGAGAUUGAAAUUGAUAUCGAACCAACAGACAAAGUGGAAAGGAUCAAAGAGAGAGUUGAAGAAAAGGAGGGAAUACCACCGCAGCAGCAGCGACUCAUCUUCUCAGGGAAACAAAUGAAUGAUGAGAAGACAGCGCAAGAUUAUAAAGUCCAAGGAGGAUCUGUACUGCAUCUUGUUCUAGCAUUGAGAGGAGGCCUGUGAUAUUACGGAAGUUGUGUGAAUAUCUUUCUACAUUAAUUAAUUUCAUUUUUUUAAGUCCUCUCUGAUUUCGGCGAACAUUUACCGCUCAAUGCUUCACAUGUGAUUAAAUGUUCAUAUUUUCUCAAGUAAUAUCAAUAACCAGUCAACAAUUUUCUACAUCUCACUCAUGUAUAGUUUGCAAAUCAUCAAACAAAGGGAGGCGACUAACUCGAGAAUUCAAAGUUGCAGAAAAAGUCAGCAGCAACCCUAUAAAAUUCAAAGUGAGGCUGAAUUUUUCAAGACUUUUAGUUCUCAUUGAAUAUUUUUUAUUUAAUUUUUUUUUUUAUUUGAACAGUGGAAA